AUGCCUGAAGAAGCCGUCCCCGAAGCCGCCGAGAAGGAGGCCGCCGCCGAGCGAGACACUCGCAUCACCUUCCACGAUGCCGACCACCCCCGCCUCGCGCGCGGCCGGUCCGACACGCGCGGCCGCGACGAGGGCUCCCGCUCGCGCUCGCGGCGCCGCUCCGUGAGCCGCGGCUCCAACAUGUCGCGCUCCGAGCUGCCGUCGUCGCCGUACACGGGCAUCCAGAUCGAGUACCGCACGCUGUCCAUCAACGUGGCCGAGUCGCGCGCCGUCGAGACGGAGCAGUCCUCCGCCGACGACGCCAAGACCGCGGCCGGGGCCAAGGGCGACAAGGCGGACGAGGACUACUUUGCCAACCUGUCCUACCACCAGCUGUCGACGGACCAGAUCACGCAGCAGCUCAACGUGUCGCGCACCGAGGGCCUGUCGGCGAGCGCGGCGGGGCACCGGCAGCAGCGCGAGGGCCGCAACACGCUGCCCAAGGCCAAGACCAACUACUGGAAGAAGGUGCUCGGCUACGUCUUUGGCGGCUUCUGCUCGGUGCUGUGGGUCGGCGUGGUCAUCUUCUUCAUCUGCUGGAAGCCGCUGAGCAACCCGCCGUCGCCGGUCAACCUGGCGCUGGCCAUCCUGGUCAUCAUCGUCAUCGCGCUGCAGGCGGGCUUCUCGGCCUUCCAGGACUGGUCCACGCAGCGGACGAUGAAGUCCAUCACGGACCUGCUGCCGUCCGAGGCGCUGGUGGUGCGCGACGGGCAGACGGUCAAGAUCUCGGCGGUCGAGCUGGUGGCGGGCGACAUCGUGCACCUGAGCAUCGGCAACAAGGUGCCGGCGGACCUGCGCAUCCUGAGCCACUCGGGCGACAUCCGCUUCGACCGGUCGGUGCUGACGGGCGAGUCAGACGAGAUCGAGGGCGCGGUCGACGUGACGGACGCGUCGUUCCUGGAGAGCCGCAACAUUGCGCUGAUGGGCACGCUGGUGGUCAACGGCAGCGGCGUGGGCGUCGUGGUGCUGACGGGCGCGCGGUCGGUCAUGGGCCGCAUCGCGAAAGCCACGGCGUCGACGGAGGAGCGGCCGACGCUGAUCCAGCGGGAGAUUUGGCGCUUCGUGCGCAUCAUCGUCGCGCUGACGGUCGUCCUCGCCCUGCUGAUCCUCUUCACCUGGCUCGGGUGGCUGCGGCGCGACCACCCGACGUACAUGAACGUCGUCGCCAUGCUCAACAACGUCAUGGGCUGCGUCGUCGCCUUCAUCCCCGAGGGCAUGCCCGUCGGCGUCGCGCUGACGCUCAUGAUGGUCGCCCGCCGCAUGAAGGCCGUCCACGUCCUGCCCAAGGGCCUGUCCACCGUCGAGACCCUCGGCUGCGUCAGCGUCAUCUGCUCCGACAAGACGGGCACGCUGACGCAGAACGAGAUGCACGUGAGCUCCUCGGCGUUUGUCGAUCGGCCCGUCCCGGUCUCCGAGAUCGUCGCCGACGUGGACGGGGACGAGCCGGACGCCUGCAACCGCAAGCUGAUGCAGGCCGCGCUGCUCUGCAACGAUGCCGUCUUCGAUCCCGCGACCGUCGCCCUGCCCGUUGCGGCCCGUCAGGUGCAGGGCAACGCGACCGAUGCGGCAGUGCUCAAGUUUGCCGCCUCGACGCCCCGCAGCGAGGCCAACGCCGCGAGGCUGCCGCGCGUCUUCCAGAUCCCCUUCAACUCCAAGAACAAGUACAUGGUGACGGUGCACAGCGAUGUCGAUGCCCCCGCCUCCACUGAGCUGCGCGUCUUCGUCAAGGGCGCGCCGGACGUGCUCCUCCCUGCGUGUACCGCGUACUGGUCGCGCGAGGCCAACGCCGUCCGUCCGCUCGACGCCGCGGCCAAGACGGCCUUCAAGGAGUACCAGGACAAGCUGUCUCGAAAUGCGGAGCGCGUCAUUGUCCUGUGCGAGAAGACCAUCACCCCCGCCAACGCGGUAAGCACCAACGCUUUCAGCGACGAGGUGGCUGCGGGCGUGAUGAGCGAGCUCACGGUGAUUGGCAUCCUCGGCAUCAUCGACCCGCCGCGUCCCGAGACGGCCGCUACCGUACGCGAGUGUCGCCGGGCGGGCGCCCGCUUCUUCAUGGUCACGGGCGACUACGGCCUGACCGCGGCGGCCAUUGCGCGCAACACGGGCAUCUUCACCGGCGAGCGCGACCCGGACACUAUCGACACCAUCCGCGCCGUCACCAACAACGACGGCAAGGAGGCGGCGGCGGCGGCGGGCAGCGCGGGCGCCGUGUCGUCGCAGCUGCGCGCCGAGCGGGCGGCCGGCGAGAUCACCAGCCUCCUCCUCGAGGGCCACUCCCUCAACGGCCUGUCCAACGACGACUGGGACGUCAUCUGCGAGUACGCCGAGAUCGUCUUCGCGCGCACCACGCCCGAGCAGAAGCUGCGCAUCGUCGAAGAGUUCCGCAAGCGCGACAACGUGGUGGCGGUGACGGGCGACGGCGUCAACGACGCGCCCGCCCUGCGCGCGGCCGACGUGGGCGUCGCCGUGGUCACCGGCAGCGACGUGGCCAUCGAGGCCGCCGACCUGGUCCUCCUCGACACGUUCGACUCCAUCAUCGAGGCCAUCCGCCUCGGCCGCCUCGUCUUCCAGAACCUGCAAAAGGUCAUCGCCUACCUGCUGCCCGCCGGCAGCUGGUCCGAGAUCUGGCCCGUGCUGCUCAACGUCUUCUUCGGCGUGCCCCUGCCGCUCUCCUCCUUCCUCAUGAUCAUCAUCUGCGUCUUCACCGACCUCUUCCUCUCCCUCUCCCUCAUCAUGGAGAAGGAGGAGUUUGACCUGCUCUCCCUCCCGCCGCGCGACCACAGGCGCGACCACCUCAUCAACCUCAAGAUCUACAUCCAGGCUUACCUCUUUACCGGCACCAUGGAGACGCUCUGCGCGCACAGCAUGUUCUUCCUGUACUACUGGCGGGCGGCGCGCAUCCCGGUCAGCGAAAUGUUCUUCCUGUUCGAGGGGUACGGCGCCGGCUUCCACGGGUACUCGGAGGAGGAGCUGGCGCGCUUCAACGCGGUCGGCCAGAGCGUCUACUUCGUCACGCUGGUCAUCCUGCAGUGGGGGAACAUCCUGUCGGUGCGCAACCGGAGGCUGAGCAUCUUCCAGGCGGAUCCCUUCACGGCGAAGCGCCGCAACCCGUGGCUGGUGGUGAGCAUCCUCAUCUCGCUGGCCAUCGCCGUCUUCGUGACGGAGGUGCCGGGCAUCCAGAGCCUGUUCGGCACCGCGUCGGUGCCGAUCGAGUUUUGGCUGAUCCCGCUGCCGCUGGCGCUGGGCAUCCUGGCCAUGGAUGAGAUUCGCAAGCUGGUUGUCCGCGUCUUCCCCGACGGGCCCAUUGCAAAGAUUGCCUGGUAA